AUGCGUCGAAGCGACAGCAGACAUGGAAGCAACUGGUUAGCUGAAGCUGAUACAAUUGACUUCAAGCUGUUAGGCAGAUCGAGGAUUUGCAACAUCCAAUUGGAUUUCAGGUUGGACCCAGAUGUCCAAACGAAGCUGGGGAAGGGGCUCAUCUCUUUCCACAUAAAAUAUACCGAAGAACCACCAACGAGCAGACCAGCCUGGGUUGAGUGUAACCCCCGGAAUCAACUCCAAAUAAUAAUUGCGUGGGCAAAAAAGAAGUUGCUCGUGGUGUUUCACAGGUUUCGAGAGCGUGGACAUGUAACCAGUUCAUAUAACUACUAUGGAGAGGUUACAUACGAUCUGAUGCAGCGCACAGGGAGCCUGGCAGAGCUGAUGGUCUGA